UGGCCGGCAGCUGCCGGUGUUCGCGCUCCGAACGUCAAUUCUCUCCCGACAGAGUUGUCGUACAAGUGGUCCCCUGAGGAGCAGCGCUCUAGCUUCCCCGCCGGCCGCAGGUGUUCCACGUCGUCUCCUUCUUAUCCUGCGGCGUUGUGCGCGUUUGCUUCGGAGAGUUCGCAGCCUUCCUUCUGCGUCUAUCUUCGCUCGAUUUGUUUUUUUUUCUUGCGUGCGCGCUGCUGUUUGAAAUCAGCCAUAAACGCUGUUUUCUUAUUUCUUCCUGCGAUUAUAGUCCCUCGGAUCGUUCACCCCGAAGAGGACGACACCAUCUGUGUGACUGCUCGGUUUCCGGAACAACAAGUUUGGUUGUGAUACAGCGCGCGUGUAGCCACGCUACCGUUCUUGUUUCUCGCGCCUUGGCGCCGCUGGUACUUUAUUGUGAGCUUCGUGGCGACGAUUCGCUCGAUCAUUUUUUUCUUUCUGCCGUUCCCGUUGUUUCUACUGUUCCCGUGACGUGCCAAGAACGCUGCUGCAGGUGACACGACCAGCCUGCGUAGUCGUCGGGAAUUUGCCGGCUGUAGCCAAAUUUUCUCCGCGCUGCUCGUCGUUGUUAUAGAUGGGAUCUGCCGACGCCAACGGGAAGAGCACCGCUAAGGUCUGCGUCGCCGGAAUCAGUUAUGUUGGACGCUGUGAAGUGUGAGAAGCGAGCAUUCGGGCACGCUAUCUGAGUUCACUGUGUGUGUAAGUGCAUCGGCGUGAAAAGCGUGUCAAUUUUGUGCUCUCUCCCUGCUCGAGUGGACGUUCAAAGGUGGACACUGUCGUGACCUCUGUUCACGCGAGAAUGCCCCCGACUUCCCGUGGUAUCUGCUGCCGCAUCUCCUGGGGAUACACCGUGGCAGCCACCGUCUUUUUGCAGCUGACUGCAAUGCUGUGCUCGUCCGCUGCUACAGUUGGUACACCCUCCAAGCACUCCUGUCCCGAGGGCCACUUUCCUUGCAGCGAAGCGAAGAGGCACUGCGUGCGACGCGAGUUCAUAUGCGACGGACAUCGGGAUUGCCCGGAGGGAUCCGACGAAAAAGCAUGCGGGGACGAGAAUCUGAAGAAGUUCAUCGAGGACUAUUUCCAGAAGCGGCCUGACGAAGACCGCGAGAAGAAGUCUGGCAAAUGCGAUUGGGUCCAUCGUGGAUGCCGCUGCUCAAAAAACAACAGCUUCUUCUGCGAGAACACCGGGCUGCGUGCGCUGCCAUCAACCAUUCCACAAAAUGUCACAAACCUGGACAUAUCAGGGAACCAUUUCUCUAAGCUACAGAAGAGUGACUUCCCGCUGAUGCCUCAGCUAACGAUCCUAGUCCUCUCCUCAUCCGAGGUCAUCAGCUUGGGUGAAGACGUCUUUGGAAACCUUCCCAUGCUGAAAAAUGUGUACCUCCAAGGUAACAGGAUUCAGCACAUUGCGGCAGACACCUUUGUGAGCAGCAAGAACCUUCGAAACUUGCACUUGUCUCACAACCCUAUUGGAUCUGUCGCUGCGGAGGCGUUUCGCGGUCUUACGGCGCUGGAAACGCUAGACCUGAGGAGCUGUUCGCUGACAGACAUACAAGAGGACUUGUUCGUUCAUCCGAAGAACCUCACUCAUUUGUGGCUCGAUGGCAACAACAUUGAGACCCUUCGACCACGUGCCUUCUCGCCUCUAAGUCGUCUCCAGGUUCUGUCUCUGACAAGAAACAAGCUUGUGCGCCUCUCAGCGCAUGACUUCACUGGCCUUGUGUCUCUUCGAACACUGAACCUGGCUUACAACAAGCUGUCUGACCUGACGGGAGCAUUCACUGCCUUGGGAAGCCUGCGAACACUUGACCUGGAGGGCAACCGGCUCGACGUCAUCCCUGACGACACAUUCUGGCCUCUUACCAGCAUCGAAUCCUUGAACCUGAGGAACAACGUAUUCCGCACAUCCUCUUCAGCUCUGUUCGCCCCUCUUCAUAACAUCACUCACAUCUACUUCAGCGACUUCAGCCUGUGCUCUUCCGCUUUGCACGUUCGCGUUUGCGAGCCACGCGGAGACGGCAUCAGCAGCCUGGCUCACCUUCUCGACAGCGUAGUUCUCCGCGUGGCCGUGUGGGUGGUGGCGCUGGUUGCCUGCCUCGGGAACCUGCUCGUGCUCGUCGGGAGGCUAGUGCUGCGCGAGCCUAAUGCGGUGCACUCGUUUUACAUCAAGAACCUUGCACUGGCCGACCUCAUCAUGGGCGUCUACCUGUUCGUCAUCGCCUCGCACGACGUGGCCUUCCGAGGAGAGUACAUUCGACACGACUACCGCUGGCGACGCUCCGUGGGCUGCAGCGUAUCUGGGUUUCUCUCGACGGUCAGCAGCGAGGCGUCGGUGUUCACCCUGACGGUGAUCACGGUCGAUCGGUUUGCGUCCAUCGUGUACCCGCUGUCACUGAAACGUCGCACCUUUCGCUUCGCGUGGAUCUGCAUGCUCUGUGUAUGGCUGGUGACCCUGCUGCUCGCCGCCGUGCCCAUGAUGCGACCUGACUACUACGGUGAGGAGUUCUACGGAAGCAACGGCGUCUGCCUGCCUCUGCACAUCCACGACCCCGACUCCAAGGGCUGGGAGUACUCGGCGUUCGUGUUCUGUAUUGUGAACAGCGUGGCGUUUGCGUUCAUCGCUUACGCCUACCUGACCAUGUUCGUCACAAUCACGCAUUCCAAGGUGGGCCUACGCUCCACGCAGCAGCUGCAGGAUCGAGCCAUCGCCAAGCGAUUCGCCUUCAUCGUGGGCACCGACUUUCUAUGCUGGAUGCCGAUCGUAUUCAUCAAGAUCAUCGCCAUAGCCGGAACAAAGAUCGACGAGACGCUGUACGCGUGGGUUGCAGUGUUUCUGCUGCCGGUGAACUCGGCGUUGAACCCCGUUCUGUACACGCUCACCACGCGAAUGUUCAAGCAGCAGCUGAACCGGUUCCUGGACAACUUGCGCCAGUGCGAGCGAACCCCUUCGCACCGACAGUCCGGCCAGUCGUGGUCGUCCGUGCCCACGGUUCGGGGCCAAAAGAAGACGCUUGUGACUUCGCUAUCCGACUGCACCUUCGGGAAGAAAAAAACCCCGAGCGUUGUGUGCUAUUCACUGCCAAAUGGCGUUCUGUUACCGCUAAGGGGCAGCCAGUCAUGCGUCGAAAAGGCACCUCAGCCCACGCAAGAAGAGAUGAAGACGUUCCCCACUAGCAACGGACACGCAGGUGCUAACGAUACAACGCGCAGCACCAACUCCAGCGGCAAGUCUGUGCUGUCAACGACGUCAGCGUCCAGCAAGUCGAAGUGGAGGCGGCACCCACGCCCGAGAUUCAGAGUCGAAGAUUCCAUAUGACCGGCGAUGUAGAAGAUACUGGUUAAUCACAGACCAACAACUGUGUCAUCACAGAUAACAGCUGUGCCAGCUAUAGGGGACUCCAUAGGCCAGAAGCCAAAAGGACGUCAAACCGCUUACGAGUGCCGCUAGUUUGAAAAAGAAAGGUCGUCGUUGCUUUGCUGAACGUGAUGAUGCACGACACAACUGUGAUCACAAACGGUGUUCAGUGUUCAUUAUGAAAAACUCAGUUUUGUGUGGGUGUGUGCGUGAACUUCACUUACGUCGCUGUCAAGUGCAUCCAGCCUCAUGUGUUGUGGGUUUUCUUAACCCUUGCAUUGCCAGUCUCUCUACGAGUUGACACCGUACAAACUGCGUGUAAACGAAAGCGAUAUUGUGAGCACAAGCAGUGUGCGGCGUUACUUCGUCUGAACAGCGCAAGCAUUAAAAAAAGCGUUCGACACACCGCGCCUGACAAACACAAGGUCGUAAAAGUAGCAAAUGUCAUCACAUUUCGCCUCAUAAAGCACAAACUUUGUCUGCGCAUGUGCGGCAUGACAGUGCUAUUCCAGAGCUUGUUUGGACUCGCAUUUCAUCGAAUAAGUGCAGCACUCCAUCAAAUACAUUGCAUUAUUGGUGCGACUACAGCUCAUUAACAGUGUAAAUAUACAUCUUACUUCUGCAUAUUCCAUUCUGUCCGUACUGUAAAUACGUAUUCCUCCUGUCCUAUACCAUGCUCAUUUCAUAUCUGUUUCUUCUUUCAUGUCGACCGGUGCUGACGCUAAGUUUACUAACGUAGGAGGCUGUUGUGAGUGCUUUAUCGUUCGUAAACUGUACGGACCAUGCAAUCCUCAAUUGAAAAGGGCAUGGUGCCUACGCUCACUGUGUCGUCACGGCUCAAAGCAACCGCUCACAUUUCGUGGCCUUUAUUAUAUCGUUUUCAUCGACAUUGUGUGUUGUGCAUUGUAUACCAAUAGAACCAAUACAGAACUCUUUAAUAUGUGUUAACAUGGUGGUUGCGGCAAACAUGUGAAUCACUGCGUGAAUUAGUCAGAAUUCAGUAAUAGUUAUCGAGUUAAAACGUUGUCGUCACCUGAUUUUAUUUAGUCGCGGGAAAAUAAUAAGCGUUGCUAGUCCUGAGCGACAAUUUGCUCUUGCUUGUCAUAUGAGCACAUCUUGUACAAAAUAGCUGGUGCGCCGAAUCGUUUAUCGCUACAAUUUUUUGCCUGCGUUGAGGGUGCAUUGUGCUUAGUACCUGGACGCAUUUCAAUAAAAGGCACGGCAUUGUUUGGGCGCAUCAUGUAUAACAGACGUGCGCUUUAUUGCUCAGAGAGGUACGCCGUGGUUUCGUCAGGUUCAACUGCCAUCCAUCGUGUCUGUCGUAGCUGCACGGUGCUUCAACUUUUCGCUGAUUUUCGAAAACAGAAACUGUACCUGAGGCUCAUCUUUAUUGUGAACAAGAACACUUGUACAUAGGUUCGUAAAUAAGGAUGGACAUCUUAGUUUGCGCAGCCUAAUUGAAAUACGUUGUUUUAAAUGUGUCAUCAUUGGUAGAAAGCAGAGGGAACGAUUUUCAGCUGAUUUUGAGAAUUAAUUGCAAAUUCCAGGCCACGUGCUGCGCUAUAAUGUUUGAUACUCGUGUUCACGGGAACCUCGAGUCCUCGACUACCGAUUGGCAGCUUUUUUUGACCAUGCUAAAGAAGUGUUGCAGGGCCUCUUCAAGGCAAACAGUGUUGUUGUGUUCGAAGAAACAUAGGCAAUUGCAUGGGUGCUCCGUGUAUAGUCGCAUGAAGAAGACAGGUGCUAGCGCAUUGGCUCGCGACAGCCACCGACGUGGGAGAUUGUGUAAAUCACAUUAUGGGUGAUAGCAUUACCUCGAACGUAGCCCCGGUGCAAAACAGAGGAGGCUCUACCGCAUAAUAAUGGAUAGCAAUAUGGCAGACCUUCGGUUUAUUCCGGCCAGAAGAUUGCUGCCACCUAGAAAAACCCAUCGGAAUCUGGUGCCCGGCGUGCUAAUUACGUGGCAAACAUAUUUACUGACCAGCACGAAAUUGUUGCACUGUAAUAUUGAUAGGAAUCUUUGCGGCAUUCUAUGACGCUGACUGCCAGAGAAAUAGCCUAUGGCUACGCAGUUUUUUUCCCAAAUCAAACGUGUGAGCAUAUAUUUCGUAUCUAAAUAGCAGGCAUUAUAUAUUCCAGCCGCGUAGUUCUCGUUGUGUAA